UAGCCCCAGCCUCCCUCCUUCCCUCUCGUCCUUCUCCUGCCCUCUUCCUCCACGCCUCCCUCGCUGCUUUACUGGGAACAAAAGUGUUUAUUUUGUGGGGGGAAGAGGAGGCUGCAGCCAGGGUAGCAGCCACAGAAACAGGCUGGGGCCAGAGGCAGCACCAACCGCCGCCGCCGGAGACUCCAGCGCUCAGCUGUUCCAGGGAGCAGGGUCUCCGGCUGCUGAGCAGCUGCAGGACAUCCUGGGGGAGGAAGAUGAGGCUCCCAACCCCUCCCUCUUCACAGAGAUGGACACACUACAGCAUGAUGGUGACCAGAUGGAGUGGAAGGAGUCAGCCAGGUGGAUAAAAUUUGAAGAAAAGGUAGAGGAAGGAGGAGAACGCUGGAGCAAGCCCCAUGUGUCCACGCUGUCCCUGCACAGCCUGUUCGAGCUCCGCACCUGCCUGCAGACAGGGACGGUGCUGCUGGAUCUGGACAGCGCCUCCCUGCCGCAGAUCAUAGAUGAUGUCAUUGAGAAGCAGAUAGGGGACGGACUCCUGCGACCAGAGCUCCGGGAAAGGGUCAGCUACGUGCUUCUGAGGAAGCAUCGUCACCAAACCAAGAAGCCCAUCCACCGCUCCCUUGCAGACAUCGGGAAGUCUGUCUCCCCCACGAAUCGCAAUUCCGCCCGGAGUCCCUCAGCAGGCCCAACCCUGCACCGUUCCACCGAGGACCUGAGGAUUCGACAAAGCACCAGUUACGGCCAUCUGUGUCACGCCCAGAGUAGAAGUAUGAAUGACAUCUCACAUACCCCAAACACAGACCAGCGGAAAAACAAAUUCAUGAAGAAGAUCCCCAAGGACUCCGAGGCCUCCAACGUGCUUGUGGGCGAGGUGGACUUCCUGGACCAGCCCUUUAUUGCAUUUAUUCGUCUUACCCAGUCUGCCAUGCUGGGAGGGGUCACAGAGGUGCCUGUCCCCACCAGAUUUCUGUUCAUUCUUCUAGGACCUUCUGGGAGAGCUAAGUCCUAUAAUGAAAUUGGCCGAGCCAUUGCAACCCUCAUGGUGGAUGAUCUCUUCAGCGACGUGGCUUAUAAAGCCCGGAACCGAGAGGAUCUGAUCGCAGGAAUUGAUGAAUUUCUAGAUGAGGUCAUUGUCCUUCCCCCUGGAGAAUGGGACCCAAACAUCAGAAUUGAGCCACCCAAGAAAGUGCCCUCAGCUGACAAGAGGAAAUCUGUCUUCUCUCUAGCAGAGCUGGGCCAGAUGAAUGGCUCUGUGGGCGGAGGCGGUACCUCAUCUGGAGGAUGCGGCGGCGGCGGCGGCGGCGGCGGCGGAGGGGCUGGAGGCAGUGGGGCCGGCGGCGGAGUAGGCAGUGGCGACGAGGCUGAGAUGCCAGCUGUACAUGAAAUCGGGGAGGAGCUGCUCUGGACCGGAAGGUUCUUUGGGGGACUGCGGUUGGAUGUCAAGCGGAAGCUGCCCUGGUUCCCAAGUGACUUCUAUGAUGGCUUCCACAUCCAGUCCAUCUCUGCUGUGCUGUUCAUCUACCUCGGCUGUAUCACCAACGCCAUCACCUUCGGGGGCCUGCUGGGGGAUGCCACAGACAAUUAUCAGGGAGUAAUGGAGAGUUUCCUGGGCACUGCCAUGGCUGGCGCCUUGUUCUGCCUCUUCUCAGGGCAGCCUCUCAUCAUCCUCAGCAGCACGGGGCCCAUCCUCAUCUUUGAGAAGCUCCUCUUUGACUUCAGCAAGGCCAAUGGCCUGGACUACAUGGAGUUCCGCCUCUGGAUUGGCUUUCACUCAGCCAUCCAGUGCCUUAUCCUGGUGGCCACAGACGCCAGCUUUAUCAUCAAGUAUAUCACCCGCUUCACCGAAGAGGGCUUCUCCACCCUCAUCAGUUUCAUCUUCAUCUACGACGCCAUCAAAAAGAUGAUUGGUGCCUUCAGAUACUAUCCCAUUAACACCGACUUCAAGCCUGACGCCAUCACCACCUACAAAUGCGAGUGCGUCGCUCCUGACACAGUAUUGAAUACAACUAUGGUCAAUGCCUCAGCCCAACUGGCAGCAAACACCAACGCAUCUCUGUACACUCCCCUUAACCUCACAGCGCUGGACUGGUCCCUGCUGAGCCGGAAGGAGUGUCUGAGCUACGGUGGGCGCCUGCUUGGGAACUCCUGCCAGUUUGUCCCAGACCUGGCACUUAUGUCCUUCAUCCUUUUCUUUGGGACUUACUCCAUGACCUUGACUCUGAAGAAAUUCAAAUUCAGCCGCUAUUUUCCAACCAAGGUCCGGACCCUGGUGGCUGACUUUUCCAUUGUUUUCUCCAUCUUGCUGUUCUGUGGAAUCGAUGCCUGUUUUGGCCUGCAAACGCCCAAGCUGCAUGUGCCUAAUGUCAUCAAGCCCACACGGCCUGACCGAGGCUGGUUCGUUGCCCCCUUUGGGAAGAACCCUUGGUGGGUAUACCCUGCGAGCAUCCUGCCCGCCCUGUUGGUGACCAUCCUGAUCUUCAUGGACCAGCAGAUCACCGCCGUCAUUGUUAACCGGAAAGAGAACAAGCUGAGGAAGGCUGCUGGCUACCAUCUGGACCUGUUCUGGGUGGGCCUUCUCAUGGCGCUGUGCUCCUUCACGGGGCUCCCCUGGUAUGUGGCUGCCACGGUCAUCUCCAUCGCUCACAUCGACAGCCUCAAGAUGGAGACAGAGACCAGUGCCCCGGGGGAACAGCCUCAGUUCCUGGGGGUCAGGGAGCAGAGAGUGACUGGAGUCAUGGUCUUCAUCCUGACAGGCAUCUCCGUCUUCCUGGCUCCUAUCCUGAAGUACAUCCCCAUGCCAGUGCUCUACGGCGUCUUCCUGUACAUGGGCGUGGCCUCCCUGAAUGGCAUCCAGUUCUGGGAACGCUGUAAGCUCUUCCUCAUGCCAGCCAAGCACCAGCCAGACCACGCCUUCCUGCGCCACGUGCCCCUCCGCCGGAUCCACCUGUUCACCCUGGUGCAGAUCCUCUGCCUGGCACUGCUCUGGACCCUCAAGUCAUCCGUAGCUGCUAUCAUCUUCCCCGUCAUGAUCUUGGGCCUUAUCAUUGUUCGAAGGCUCCUGGACUUGGUUUUCUCUCAGCAUGACCUGGCCUGGAUUGACAAUAUCCUCCCGGAGACAGACAAAAAGAAGAAGAGAAGGAAAGGGGUCCAUGAAAACACUGAUGAGGAAAUGGGGACGCCCCAGUUCCUCCCUCCCUCAGUUAUAACGAUCCCUAUGGAAAGUGUUCCAUCUGACCCACAAAACGGUAUCCACUGCAUUGCCAGAAAAAGAUCUUCCAGUUGGAGUUACUCACUCUGACUCUUCCUUCAGUGGCUCAGAACUGGACCGAAGCAUCACCUUGCACUUCAAAAUCUCUUGCCCGGCGUCACCGGCUUUCAGCUACCCACGGAGUCCAGUCUUCACGGUGCCGCAGGUGAAGAUAGAGAUGGAGUCCAACCUCAACCUCACAGACGAGGACUAUGGGAGAGAGGUGGGGGUGCGUGGGGAGACCACCCUCUAACACAGCGCUGCUCUUCGGGGCUGGGGGCAGGGUGAAGGCUG